CAGAGACAAAGUCAGAGCUUGAUUUGAUUUUGAAGUCUGGACUUAUAUUUUUGGAAGGAGUUAUCUACCAAAGCUUGACUAAAAUGUCAAUUAUCUAGUGUCAAGUUUGUCGCAUGCCUCUUCGUAAAAAUGAAUCCCGUGUCACUUUCAACAAGCGAAUCCUUGAAGUCCAAAAUUUUGAGGAGAGUCAGGGAGGAAGAGAAGCAGCUAUCACCAGAGAUGAUGGACACCAGCAGUGGCAGUGGACACAGAAUGUCCAUCAGGGGACAGAGUUCGUUGGGUGAUACUCGACAAAAGAAAACUAGAAAGCCACGUCUUAAAUCACGUUCCUUGAGAUCAAGCUCCAGAACUCAACUGGAAAUAGCACAAGAACCGAAUUCAAAGACGUUGAAGACUCCCAAGAGGACUCAAGGAAACGGAGGCAGAGCCAGAGGCAGAGGCAGAGGAGCACAGAAAUCCCAAAUUAGGGUAAAGGAACGUGUCUCUUCAUGCAAGGAAAAAGUAUUGCAGGGUUCCUCUCUUCUGGACUUUUCAGGUGUUUCCAGAGAAGCAAAACCCAGACCUGGCCUCAUCAAGAGGCGUCUGCGAUCAUCAACCUCUCUUGUUUCUGCCCCUCCAGUCAAAGUUAGAAGAGCAGAAGAUGAUCGUAAGAAAGAAGGGACACCAUCAAGGUCACCUUCACCAAGUUCUGCCAAUAUGAAGAAUCCUUGGGUAGUAACUGAGAGUCCAGGCAGCCUCGUGAUAGUGGAAACAAAGAAGCCUCCAGCACAUCAAAAGAAGAUAUCGAUCUGUGAAUCGGCAGAGGCAUUUUGUUCUUGCACAGAUGGUACAAGUUGUACAGAUGAUACAACUUAUUGUAAUGCUGGAUCUACUAAAUCUGCGAGAAAGAAAAAGUCUAAGGUCUGUCUGACCAGACGAAUGGGUGAAUGUUGUCCAGAAAAGGAAGAGUUGAGUAGGAAAGGGCAACCAAAAUCAAAUUUCACCAGAAGAAAGGUCUCCAAACAAAAGAAGAAGACUACAGAUGCUGAUGUACGUUCAAAACGUCCUACACGUCGGAGCUCCAAUGGCAAGGAUGGAAAGAUAAAACCCAUAAUAAAUCUCCCAGGAACUGAUGAUCAUCAGAACUAUUUCCUUCACGAUUCUGGGAAAUCAGAUGCAGUAGGAGUUCUUUCUGCAGUGAUAAGCCAGACAUCGCAAGGAAUUGCCAAAAAAGAACAUGGCAGUUGUGUUCGGGAGCUUAUCCACAAGAGGAUCAAUGAGACUUUGGGGACUCAGAAUGACUGCAAGAAUGAUACCACAUCUUCCACAAAACCAAAUGCUGAUGACCUAACAUCAGCAGGCAUAUCUGUGACAACAAAGCAUCAACCAACAAGAAAUGCCACUCAAAAACCACCACCUUCUGAUAUGGAAUCAACCACUGAUUGUACGACAGUGACAAAGAUGGCAGCUGCGGAGGCGGCGAAAGCAGUAGGUGGGAUAUCGCUGAUGCCUCUCUACAAAUCAAGAAGCCCAGAUUUUUUGCCAACAGUUUCGUCACCAUGCACACCAACAAUGACAGUUAUGAAGGCAUCGUCAGACCCGAUUGUGUCAUCUACAGUGUCGUCUGGAUAUGACUUGAAAGGUAGUACGAUGAAACUGCCAAAUAGUCCUGAGGCACCUCAAUCGACUUCUGGCACUUCUGGAACAUCGGACACAAGUGGCCUGAAAGCAGUGGCACAAUGUAAAUGUGUUGCCAGUGUAUCAACAGUUCCGACGCCUUCCUUGAUUGAAGUUGGAAAUGUUGCGGCUGCAAGACAUCCAAUCUUCCUUCCUCCAGAGUCGUUUCAAUUCCAGCCUGUUUCAUAUCCUGGAAUGACUGGUGGUUAUAAUCUACUUGAUAUCAGCUCAGCUGUAACUCUCCCACAGUCAUCUGAACCAAAGAAGAAGCGCAAGACUAAAAAAAAGUCUGUCGAAAAGGAAGCCCAGUCAUCGGGUUCAAGCGAUAAUCCCUCAUCAUUGGCAACGGUCUCUGCAGCUUCAUAUCCACCAGACCCCGACGCUAAGCACCCUGAUUUCAAGGAUCCCUCACUGGAUGAGAAGGGAGAAAAAAUCAAACGACCGAUGAAUGCAUUCAUGAUCUGGUCACGUCAGCAGCGUGCGGUACUGGCUCGUCAGAGGCCCAAGAUGACAAAUGCCGACAUCAGCGUCAAGCUGGGUGUCAUGUGGAAUGAUCUCGACUACGACGUUAAGCAGAACUACUUUGAUGAGGCAAUCCAACUCAAAUUUCAACACCGAAAAGACCAUCCUGAUUGGGUAUACCAGCCGCGACCUCACAAACGUCCAAGUCGUCGUCGCAAGCAUCAACCUGUCCCAUUCUAUGAAGCAGGGGGGCAGCAGAUGCCUUGCAGUCAGAUGCUACUGAUCAUGCCCGAUGGACGGCAGGUUCUAUGCCCAGCGAUACAUGUGCAGAACAGCGAAAGGCCUGAAUCCUUGAUGGCUAACGUUAUGAUGCCAGGACCACGAGAAAACAUCAAAGAUGCAAAAACACCAACUCAAUCAAAGGUUCUAGUGCCUAAAGCUGUGACGAUUACAACUGAUAGCCAUGUCACGCCCAAGCCAACAGCAGAAGUCAAAGAUGUGAAGAGGAGUGCAAAUGAGCAGGCACAGUCUAAUAAGACGUUGGUGAUUAUACCUGACAAACAACAAGUCGCAUGCCAAGCAAAACAUCAGCAAAGCAUCCAAGGAACUACAACUAAGACAGCUGAUAGUACAAGCAACAUAACUUCGGGACUCCGACUACCGGUAGGUGUCAAAGAUGUGAGAAAUACUUACCAGAGCAGCGAUCAACCCAAGUCUCAGUUGCUACUUGUCCUGCCUGAUGGGAAGCAGAUCUUGUGUCCAGAGAUGCCAAAAGCCUCAGCAGAUGUCCAAGAUAUGAAAAAGAUUGUCAAUCAGCCGAUAGUGACAUCUGAGCAGUGUGGAAAAUGUGGGGACAACAAAAGCAUCAUGGCACCGAAGUCGCAACCUGGUCUCCCUAAUGCAAUCAAUAUGGGCCCUGUGAUACAUGUUAUCAAGGAAACAACAAAGUCGAACAACAAGACGGCAGCGCCUCCUGUCAACACCCCACAAGUGCCUGUGAGUACCGGUGGUAAUUCAGGGCCGCAAAACACUGCACAUGUCGAGAAGAAAAUUGUCGUGUCCGUACAGAUGGCAGCUGUCAAAAAUAAGUCAGAGAUGUCACAGAGCGUUAAAGCUCCGAAAGUCCAGUCUGAUACUCCUGAAGUGAUGGAGAUAAUUGCCAUCUCCAAGCCCGAGGCAGUGCCUGUUCCUGUUGCCAUUGCUACUAUGUCAAAGGCCCAAUCGUCGCACCAACAAGGAAAUAAUUGGUCCAUUGCCAAAUCAUCUGACCUAGUAGAGCUUCAGUUGUCCAACCCGAAUCAACAAAGUUCUUUUCAGCCUAUUCAGCAUGUUGGCAGUUCCCCAAGAAUACACGCCGAUGUCAAACUGGUUCCAGUUGGCCUUCAACAGCCAGUCAACAAUCAAAUGCCUGCUCAGCAAGUCAGCCAUUCCUUCAAGGAGUCAGGAUCACACCCUGAUGUUACAUUGAUUCAACUUGGCCUUCAGGAGCCUGUCAAUCAAAUGCACAUUCAGCAGGUUAGCAAUUCCUUGAAGGAAACUACACAUUCCUCAAGACCCCACCGUGAUGUAACAUUGAUUCCACUGAACCCUCAGCAGCCUGCCGCAGGUUUACGAUCAAUCUGCAAGGACACUGGUGUCCAGACAUUACAGGACUGGAGCUCCCGCUCAAGCAAUGUUCCAACUAACCAGACACUGCCAUCCCGAUUUUCAAGUUCUGUACUGAAGAGCCAGCCGAUUGACAUGGUAUGGAAUACAAACACAAGGGUUCUUCAGGCCGCUAACAUCUCUGACAAGGGCACGUCUACUUCGUCUCUGAACUAUCCCUUUUACUUCACGCCCAUCCAGCAAGUUCAGGGUGUCCACAAUGCGUCUACUGCUUCACCGAUGUGUCCACAACCUGUGCCUGCAACGGUAGAGAGUUGCAUGGUGCCUCUGUCGACUGCAACCCUGACAGAUAGCGUCCCUAGCAAUGUCACCAUGCCUGCCUCACAGUUUGCCGACAAUCUACCCCUUUGUGAGAUCAGUGAGCCGGAUCGCCUGCUGGAGAGUCUGGCCAUGAGUGGUGUGGAACUCAGUGAAGAUGAGGCUGAAGAGACUGAAAACUUGUUUCAACGAGUAAUGAACAUGGUUUCAGAUUAAUAUCAUAAGGUCAUGAUAUAGAUUUCAUCAAUUGAUACCAGUGUACAAAUGUACCUGUGGCUGCCAACCACACCUAUUUUUUAGGGAUAAUACCCUAGCUUGAGUAUGGCUGCCAUUAGGCCUAAACAAAAAAGAUGUUGUAUUGCCCUAUAGGUGCCAGAAUCUGGAUCGGCCGGCCGGAUUUCUUUUUUUU